AUGAAUCGUCUUCUUCAACAAGCGGUGUGCCGUGCGAACGUUGCGGUUCGCGCUUCAUCAAACGUCACUGUCGCUCCACCAAAUCCAAAUCAAAUUACUAAGGGCAACGCAAAAUUCGACAAAGUUACACAUACCGGACAAGCUUGGGAUCAAGCUGACUACCGCCUUCAAAGAUUCGACAUCUCCGAGAAGCAAGUGAAUCCAAAUGUCGCCAUGCACCUUAUUGCCCAAAGACCACCACAGGAUUGUGGAGAUAAGAGCGUUGUCUACUGCGACGGCGGACAUCCGGCACUCGGACAUCCAAAAGUUUAUAUCAACUUGGAUAAGCCAGGAGUUCACGCGUGCGGCUACUGCGGAAAUCAAUUCUACAACUCGCACGUCACCCACGGCGAAAACAUGCAAAUCAAACAUCUCAACUGCUAA